CAUCACAGUUCAGUUCCAUUUAAAACCUCGAUGCGUUUACAUCGUCCUAGGAUGCACCUUCAGUAUUGCCUUAUUUUUGCCUUGAUGUGUCUUCUCUUAAGCCCAACUGGGGCUCAAGAAAACACUAAUCCUGCAAAUAAAACCCGCAUAAAAAUACCGUUGAGGAGGAUGCUAAGAAACUUACACAAGGACCCUAACCAGGGAAAUGGUACAAUGCACAUAGUUAUCCACAAGGUUGCGCCAGGAGAUGCCUACUACAAGGUAUUCGAUGGAAACGAGACGGCAGCCAGGGGAUUCACCAAUAAGAUUUGGAAUCGUCUAUUGAAUCGCUACAACACAAUGCUAAUAUAAUUUAUUAAAUGUAAA